AUGGCCAUGGCCAUGGCCAUUCUCCGCAAAUUCCAAAAAAUUGGAACAAGAUCAACAUUCGGAUCCAAACCGCAGGGGUCCAGCAAUCUGAGCCGAGCAACAGACAUUGACUUGAGGCCGUGGAUUACAGCGGUUGACUUGAGGCCGUGGAUGGGUCCCAUCCGUGACCAGCAUGACAAACCAUACUGUUGGGCUUUUGCGGUAACCGCGUGCGUUGAGACCCUUCGUACCUUACGCACUGGGAGGAAGACUACACUUUCACCCGAGAGUGUAAUCCAUCGUCUCGGCCGUGUUCGAAAGCGUACCACAGCUUAUCGCUCACCCAAGGCUCUAGCACUCAUAUGGAUGAAGGGGAUACAUCUAGAAGUCGACUGGCCCUAUCAUGCCACAAAACCAAAUAAUCAGAAAACACUUCACCUGUGCACCCUUCAACUCAAUGAAUUGAGUCUUCAAAUGAGGAGGAACCUUUUCAUGAAAGAACUGUACUUUGCAGAGAAAGUCUACAUCACUGGUGUUAAAAUCAUAAAAGGCGAAGAUGCUAUAAAAAACGAGCUCGACCAGGGCAGGCCGGUGGUGUGCAGUGUCGCAUGCCAUAUAAAUCUCAUUCGUUACAAAGGGGGCAUCUUGGGACCCCAGGAAUGCUAUGGUGCGAUAUGCCCUCUAAAAGCCAAAUGCUCUAAAAAGAAAUGUAAGGUAGAGACACCCUCGGACUGCACUAAAAAGAAAUGCCCUUACAAGAUAUGUGACAGAGACAGAGUAUGGACUUGGUGCAACCGGUGUGGAUACGGGCAUGGAUUCCAUGCCAUGUGCAUUCUUGGCUACAACAAUGCAGCAUGUAGAAAUGCAUGCGUUCCAGAGGAAGAGGAGGAGGAGGAGGAGAAAGAUGAGGAAAUUGAGAAAGAAAAAGAGGGGGCAGGUAAGAUACUCUAUGCAAACUCAAGCUUUCUUGAAGGGAUAGUUCACUCACCUCAAGCAUAUGCCAUUGUUGCUGAAAAUGUCCAUUUGAAAAUUCAACUGCUUCAACACUUGGGAGCCUCCUCCAGUAAUUGCUCUGUUUCAUCUCCUAUAUUGAAAAUAGCAUGUAAAUCUUGUCAGACAACCGUACACACAAAAAAGACACAUGACUACAAGUGUAUAUGUGCGUCCACAUUCGUGGUUGCAUAUGAAUUUUUGGAAGGCUCUUUCUGA